AUGUCUGGUGACUCAACCGCCGCCGCGACGCCCCUCUCCGCCGUGGUGCACUUCCUCGUCGACAGGUGCGAGAUCAACGAGGAGGAUGCCGCACAGUACGCAGCGGCGCUGUGCACGGACGGCUAUGACACCCUUGCGUCGCUCUGCGACGUGGAGGAGAGCGACUGGGACGGCUACGAGAUUAAGAAGGGCCACCUCAAGCGCAUCAAGCUCACUACCGCGAAGUGCCGAACUUAA